GCUGCUCUGCAUAACAGCUCGCUACUGUGCGCCGCAAAGAGCUAUCAUCAUAAGCGCAAAACGGUCACUGAAAUGAAUAAAUAUUUGAAUACCUUUGCACUUGUCGCGUUAGUUACAAUUGCAACACCGUCAUUGAGUCAAUUACUGGAGGCACAACCGAUCGACAGCAGUCCCACAACAGCACCACUUGGCUGUCACCAACGGCUUUAUACAUACCGCAUCACACAAGCGGAUGCACAGGGUCGCGAGUGUUGGGAUUAUGUGAGCGUACGUUCUUGUUGGGGUCGUUGUGACUCCAGUGAGAUUUCCGAUUGGAAAUUCCCAUACAAACGUUCUUUUCAUCCCGUUUGUGUACAUGCAACACGCCAACCAGCUGUAGCGGUGCUGCGAAAUUGCCAUCCGGAAGCCGAUGAAGAAACGCGUCGUUAUGAGUAUAUGGAAGCUGGCAGUUGUCAUUGUCAUACAUGUUCUACUUUGGAUACCAGUUGCGAAGCGCCGGUGAACAAUAUAAUCGAUGAGAAGUCCGGCAUGAAGGUGUUAGCUUUAACUGGUUCCGAUUCUGAUGUUUUAGAUUAUUAACUUUAAGCAGUGCAAUGGUUCGCAGAUUUCGGCAUUUCUGUUUUAUAUAAUGCUUUAUAUUAUUAAAUUACAUAUAUAUCGAUUUACUAUAAACUUGUUACUAUCGGUUGCUGUUUGCUUUAAAUUGAGGGCAGCGAUGCAGGACUUUUAAAAACACAAUAAAAUUAUACAUUUUAAAGUGAAUGGAUGCAACAGUAAACAUUUCGGAUGCCUUUGAAUUAUGCAAUUAAAUGUAAAUGUCUACGUUAUUACCAAUAAACAAAGGGGCAGCGUUGCAGGGCGUAAUAAAAAAUACUUUAUGGUAUAUAUAAAUAUAAAAAUUAUACAAUAAUAAGUAAAAAAGAUUAAACA